AUAAUUAAUCAAAAAAAGGAAGUACAACACCGGAGAAAAAGACAAGCAGAAGCACAAGCUCCCCACUGAUCCAACACCUUUUUGUUUUUCUUUUAACUGAAUCUUUUUGCUUUUUUCUUUAUUUUCUGUUUGUGAUCUCUUCCAAUGGAUUCAGCGAUUUCGAUUGAUUUAAUUUUUGUUUGGGAGGGCUAAUUUUAUCACUCAAAAUUAUUGGAGAAAUCAUAAGGCAAAAGAAAGAGACAAAAACAAUGCGAAGCAACGGCGGCUCUGGAGAAUCAGCUUCGUCUCAACCGCCACGGAACCCUAGUCCGCAAAAGGCGGAGAGGCCGCCGGUGUUGAAGAAGUUCAAGACUAUAUCACCUGAUGACCCGCGGCCCACCCCGCACUUUCCGGGCCCACUUUUCCCCGCCGUUCGUCGAGUCACCAGUCUUCGGUCGUCGUCCGAUCGCCGAGGCUGCGUCGACGCCGAUGCGUCCGCGAAGAACAGUAGCGGGAGCAAUGUUAGUAAUAAUCUUAAUAACGUCGAUGUGAACAACUUAUCGGACAGGGAUUGGAUGUAUCCUUCAUUUCUCGGGUCCCACGCUGCGAGGAAUCGGGUGGUGACGGUUAAGGCGGCGUCCAAGUCGCCGAGUCGAGGAAGUGGGGGGCGAUUAGUGGACGGGGUGCAGGGUAAGUUGGUGGAUGAGAAGCAGAAGACUGACAGUCCUACCAAGAAGGAGGAAGUGAAAAUUGUGGAGAGUCAAGUUUCGACGACUGCGACGACGACUCAAUCCAGUUCGGUGAGUUCGUCGAGCGGGAGGAGGGCUCGAGGGGUUAAAUUGAAGCGUUAUUUCAUCUUUUCUUCGAUUAUUUUCAGUUGUAUAUUUCCUGUAAGUUAUGUAAUUCACCUGCGAGAUAAAGUUGCCAGACUAGAGGAAGAGAAUAUUAAUCUCCGUAGAUGGUGUAGUGAAAUCAAUGUUGUUGGUAACAACAGCAAUGAAGUUUUGCAGCCUGAAGAUGAUAGUUCAUUUCAUUUUUUUAAUAAUGCUGACAGUAGAACUGUUGCUUUAUAUACCGUGGUGAUCACACUUGUUAUGCCUUUUGUGUUGUACAAAUAUCUUGAUUAUCUUCCACAAAUAAAGAACAUCUCGAAAAGAACAAAGCCUAACAAGGAGGAGGUUCCCUUGAAGAAGAGAAUUGCAUAUAUGGUUGAUGUUUGUUUCUCUGUAUAUCCUUAUGCAAAGCUGCUUGCGCUGCUUUUUGCAACAGUAUUUCUUAUUGGAUUUGGUGGCUUGGCAUUGUAUGCGGUCAGUGAUGGCAGCCUUGCCGAAGCUUUAUGGCUUUCUUGGACUUUCGUGGCUGACUCUGGAAAUCAUGCUGAUAGUGUUGGAACUAGUCCCAGGAUAGUUUCUGUCUCUAUAAGUUCAGGAGGCAUGCUGAUAUUUGCAAUGAUGCUUGGGCUUGUCUCAGAUGCUAUCUCAGAAAAGGUUGAUUCACUUCGAAAGGGGAAGAGUGAAGUCAUUGAAAAGAAUCAUAUACUAAUUCUUGGAUGGAGUGACAAAUUGGGUUCACUUUUGAAGCAACUAGCGAUAGCGAACAAAAGUGUUGGUGGCGGAGUGGUUGUUGUACUUGCAGAAAGAGACAAGGAGGAAAUGGAGAUGGAUAUAGCAAAGCUAGAAUUUGACUUCAUGGGGACAUCUGUCAUAUGCAGGAGUGGGAGUCCUCUGAUAUCGGCUGAUUUAAAGAAGGUCUCAGUAUCAAAAGCGCGUGCCAUCAUUGUAUUGGCAUCUGAUGAAAAUGCAGAUCAGAGUGAUGCACGUGCGUUGAGGGUGGUACUCACUCUAACUGGAAUAAGGGAGGGUUUGAGGGGUCAUGUUGUGGUGGAGAUGAGUGACCUUGAUAAUGAGCCCCUGGUGAAGCUUGUUGGGGGAGAUCUGAUAGAAACUGUUGUUGCACAUGAUGUGAUCGGGCGCUUGAUGAUACAGUGUGCCCUGCAACCUGGCCUUGCACUGAUAUGGGAGGAUAUAUUGGGGUUUGAGAAUGAUGAGUUUUACAUCAAAAGGUGGCCUCAAUUGGAUGGUAUGCAAUUUGAAGAUGUGCUCAUUUCGUUUCCUGAUGCAAUUCCCUGUGGAGUCAAGGUUGCUGCAGAUGGUGGGAAGAUAAUCCUAAAUCCAGAUGAUAAUUAUGUACUAAAAGAAGGGGAUGAAGUCCUUGUUAUAGCUGAGGAUGAUGACACUUAUGCUCCUGCUCCAAUUCCAGAGGUGCGUAGAGUUGAUUUCCCAAAAGUACCUGAACUUCCAAAAUAUCCAGAGAAGAUACUGUUCUGUGGCUGGCGCCGUGAUAUUGAUGAUAUGAUUAUGGUUCUGGAGGCAUUUCUGGCCCCUGGUUCAGAGCUGUGGAUGUUUAAUGAGGUUCCAGAAAAAGAGAGAGAGAGGAAACUGAUUGAUGGUGGACUUGAUAUUUCUGGAUUAGCAAACAUAAAACUUGUCCAUCAUGAGGGAAACGCUGUCAUUAGAAGGCAUUUAGAAAGCCUUCCUUUGGAGACUUUUGAUUCUAUUUUAAUUCUUGCAGAUGAGUCACUGGAGGACUCUGUAGUUCAUUCAGACUCGAGAUCUCUUGCCACCCUUCUCCUUAUUCGAGACAUACAGUCGAAACGUCUCCCUUAUAAAGAUACAAAGCCAACUUCUUUACGGCUCGCUGGGUUCUCUCACAGCUCUUGGAUCCUUGAAAUGCAGCAAGCUUCUGAUAAAUCAAUAAUCAUUAGUGAAAUUCUGGACUCUAGGACAAGGAACCUGGUUUCAGUCUCCAGAAUCAGUGAUUAUGUGCUUUCAAAUGAGCUUGUAAGCAUGGCACUGGCAAUGGUGGCUGAAGACAAGCAAAUAAAUCGUGUUCUUGAGGAACUGUUUGCAGAGGAGGGGAAUGAGAUGUGUAUCAAACCGGCAGAAUUCUAUUUAUUUGACCAAGAGGAGCUAUGCUUUUAUGAUAUAAUGAUCAGGGGUCGCCAAAGACAAGAAAUCGUCAUUGGCUAUCGCCUUGCGAAUAAUGAGCCUGCGAUCAUCAACCCUCCGAAGAAGUCAGAAUCAAGAAAAUGGUCUCUUGAUGAUGUUUUUGUUGUCAUCUCAUCAGGUUCUUGAACAUGACUAGAUCUAUACUUCCCUCUGCCAUAG